AUGGCGUUCAACUUCGGCGCCUCAGGUGGAGGGGGUCUCUUUGGUUCAAAUAAUAAUAAUAAUAGCAACAACACCCCUUCUUCCACCGGAGCAACCAGUGGCGGUUUAUUUGGCUCAAGCACCGAUAAACCCUCUCAGCCUAGUCUGUUUGGAAAUCCAUCGGCAUCAAGUUCAGGAGGAGCAGGAGGAGGAGGAGGCUUCAGCUUUGGCAGCUUUGGAAAACCUGCCGCGACCGCUGGCUCCGAAGCACAGAACGUGAAUACAACGGCUGGCUCGACUGGCGCAGCGCCUAGUCUCUUUACUGGAGGAUUUGGCACCCCAGACAAAUCGCCUGCCGGUAAUCCAGCAACAACAUCUGCGCCUCCGCUGUUUGGCUCUACUACUCCUGCAACCACCAAAGCUUUCAGCUUUGGCAAUUCCACCACUCCUGCCGGCCCUCCUCCAGCCACUUCAGCCUUUGGCACCAGCACGGGUGGUCCCACCACGAACCUCUUUGGCAGCAAACCGGCUGAUGAUGGAACGAAACCGAACCCUACCUUUGGUGGUGGCUUCAGCUUCGGGGACAAGACUGGACAGACACCAUUCAAGCCAGCCGAGCCCAAACCCUCUGGGUUCAGUUUUGGUGGAGCAGCAGGGCAAGCCACCUUCAAACCCGAAGAACCUAAAGCACCUUCGUUCAAUUUCGGCGGAGGCCCAGGCAAUACUCCGUUCAAACCUGCAGAUCCAACACCAACUACCGCACCCUCGGUGACCACCACCUCGGGCUCGGAGCAGAAAUCAGCUUUCUCGAUGCCCUCCGCCUCAGCCCCAACAACCUCGCAGCCAGCCGCUUCACAGCAGUUUGGCUUCGGCGCGACAUCAAAACCGUCAGAGGGACAAAAUCUGUUUGCAAAGCCGACCACAACUGAACCCACAAAGUCGCCCUUCAACUUCUCACAGCCUGCCACGACGCAGCCAUCGACGGGAUCUUCGACCCCUGCAAUGACGGCUUCGAAAAGCAUCUUUUCGGGAAUGGGGGCGUCUGCACCAGCAAGCACUGCUACCGCCGCAAGCACUGCCGCACCUGCUCCUGCUCCUGCUGCAAAUCUCUUCUCUUUCCCUCCCACCACCGGUGGCCAGACGCCCGCGACCUCCGCGGCGACAUCGUCUCCCUUUUCUCUCGCGACGACCACGACUUCUCAACCCACAACCACUUCAGCUACAGCGCCAAGUCCUUUCAACUUCACUAAACCGACUACCACGGCUCCUCCUCAACCCUCUUCAACCGCUGCCGCUCCGGGCUCAACCCCAUUCUCUGCCUUAGCCACGACAACGACCACUUCGAGCUCCCAACCUGCUACCACGGCUGCAGCCCCGGGCUCCACUCCGUUCCAGGCGUCAACCACCGGUCCAGCUCCUCCGGCGCAGUCCCGACUGCGCAACAAGACCAUGGACGAGAUCCUCACGCGCUGGGCAACAGACAUGUCGCGCUACUCGAAGGAGUUCAAAGAACAUGCAGAGACGAUUGCUCGUUGGGACCAAUUGAUCGUUGACAACUCCUCCAAGAUCGACAAACUCUACGUCCGCACGCGUACAGCCGAACGUCAGACCGUAAGCGUGGACAUGCAGCUGACGGCGGUUGAGAACUCCCAGUCUGAGCUUGAGGCAUGGUUGACAAAGUAUGAAAAUGAUGUGGAAGAGAUGCUGGCCAAGGACUCUGCUGCUCCUUCCGAAUUGGGUGGACCGGAUCAAGAACGGGAGCGCACGUACAAGCUUGCUGAGAAGUUGGGUGAGAGACUCGAUGAAAUGGAGCGAGACUUGGGUGGUAUGGUAGAGGAAGUCAACGCUGCGAAUGCAAGCUUAAGCAGAAAUGGGAAAGGAGACGAGCCGAUUACGCAAAUCGUCAAGAUCCUCAAUUCACACCUGAUUCAGCUCCAGGCUAUUGACCAGGGCACCCAGGCAUUGCAGGAGAAGGUCGCUGCGGCACAGAAGGCGGCCAGCCAACUUGGGUACUUGAAUGCAUCGUCCUUGAAUGCGAGCAGCGGGGCAGCUGUGCAAGACUUCUACCGGAGUUACAUGGGAAAACGAUCGUGA